UUCCACCUUGUGCGGCGCUCCUGCGGCCAGUCGCCGGCCGGCAGCGGGGAGAGGUGCCCGGCAGCCGCGGGCACAACGAAAGAUGCCAGUGAGCCUCUCCACGGCCCUGCGCGUCGUCGGGACCAGCCUCUUCGCCUUGGCGGUGCUGGGGGGCAUCCUGGCCGCCUACGUCACGGGCUACCAGUUCAUCCACACGGAGAAGCACUACCUCUCCUUCGGGCUCUACGGGGCCAUCCUGGGGCUGCACCUCUUCAUCCAGAGCCUCUUCGCCUUCCUGGAACACCGGCGCAUGCGGGGCGAGGGGCGGCCGGUGCGGCUGGGGCGCUCGGUGGCCCUCUGCAUCGCCGCUUACCAGGAGGAUCCCGACUACCUGAAGAAGUGCCUGCGCUCCGUCAAGCGCAUCGCCUUCCCCGACCUCAAAGUGGUGAUGGUGGUGGACGGGAACGGCCCCGACGACACCUACAUGUUGGACAUCUUCCACGACGUGAUGGGCUCCGAGCAUUCGGGCAGCUACGUCUGGAGGAGCAACUUCCACGCGCAGGGCGAGGGGGAGACGGAGGCCGGGCUGCGGGAAGGGCUGGCCCGCGUCCAGGCGCUGGUGCGCGGCACCACCUACUCCUGCAUCCUCCAGAAGUGGGGCGGGAAGCGGGAGGUGAUGUACACGGCCUUCCGGGCGCUCGGAGACUCCGUGGAUUACAUCCAGGUGUGUGACUCAGACACGGUGCUGGACCCCGCCUGCACCGCCGAGAUGCUCCGCAUCCUGGAGGCCGACCCCCGCGUCGGCGGCGUUGGCGGCGACGUCCAGAUCCUGAACAAGUACGACUCGUGGAUCUCCUUCCUGAGCAGCGUGCGGUACUGGAUGGCCUUCAACGUGGAGCGUGCCUGCCAGUCCUACUUCGGCUGCGUGCAGUGCAUCAGCGGGCCCCUGGGCAUGUACCGCAACGCCCUGCUGCAGCAGUUCCUCGAGGACUGGUACCACCAGACCUUCCUGGGCAGCAAGUGCAGCUUCGGGGACGACCGGCACCUCACCAACCGCGUGCUCAGCCUGGGCUACCAGACCAAGUACACGGCUCGCUCCAAGUGCCUGACGGAGACGCCCACCCGCUACCUGCGCUGGCUCAACCAGCAGACCCGCUGGAGCAAGUCCUACUUCCGCGAGUGGCUCUACAACGCCCUGUGGUUCCACAAGCAUCACCUCUGGAUGACCUACGAGUCGGUGGUGACCGGCUUCUUCCCCUUCUUCCUCAUCGCCACCGUCAUCCAGCUCUUCUACCGCGGCCGCAUCUGGAACAUCCUCCUCUUCCUGCUGACGGUGCAGCUGGUGGGCAUCAUCAAGGCCACCUACGCCUGCUUCCUGCGGGGCAACGCCGAGAUGAUCUUCAUGUCCCUCUACGCCCUCCUCUACAUGUCCAGCCUGCUGCCCGCCAAGAUGUUCGCCAUCGCCACCAUCAACAAGUCGGGCUGGGGCACGUCGGGGCGCCGGACCAUCGUGGUUAACUUUGUGGGGUUGCUGCCGGUGUCGGUGUGGGUGGCGGUGCUGCUGGGCGGGCUGGCCUACACCGCCUACAGCCAGGACCUCUUCAGCGAGACCGAGGUGGCCUUCCUCGUCUCGGGUGCCAUCCUCUACGCCUGCUACUGGGUGGCCCUGCUCACCCUCUACCUGGCCAUCGUCGCCCGGCGCUGCGGCAAGCGGCAGGAGCAGUGCGGGCUGGCCUUUGCCGAGGUCUGACCGCGGAAAGCGCCGGGGUGGCCCCGCGUGCUGGGGCGACCGCCGCCGGUCCCCCCCUCGCCCCGCCACCAGCCCCGGCACAGCCGGCACUGAGCCAUCGGGUGCUGGGCAGCGCUGAGCGCGCCCGCCGCGGCGUUUCUGAUCAAGUCUUGCUUUUUUUGUUGUUGUUUUGUUUGGGUUUUUUUUCUUAUUUUCAUUUUUCUGUACAAACCUGGCUGCUGGCCGGGGAGAGGCCGAGCCGGGGCUGACCGUCACCGGGCUGGGCACAGCCUC